UACAGAACGACAGGGUCGGGUGGGUCGAACAGUGAGCCGAGGGCGAGUGACGAAGCCCUAAGGUUACGAGAUCAGAUCUGAUGCAGUCGUGUUAGAACCGGACAUUUUUCAAUUUCCCAUCGAUCUCUCCCAUGAUAACUAGUCGCCGGUCGUGAAGCCGGCUCAGUGCGCAUUCGCAGUACAAAAGAGACUUGUGAUAUUUUUCUAGCGUUUAAGUUCCGUAACGGAACGCUUUAAAAACAUUUUUUUAUCGUAUUGAAAAGUGUACAAUAUAAGUAAAAAUUUGGAAAACAUGGAGAUUCUACCUGUCACCAACCAGUUUAAUGUGGGAUUCAAUAGUGAAAAAGCAUGGGGUGGGCCGACAUGGCGGGAGGCGCCGAUGCCGGUGCCGACGGAAGCGGCGCUGGCUCAAAGGCUCGAGAGAGAGCUGCGAGCCGCCAAGGGAGCCAGCGAACUGGCAGCCGCCGAGGUGCUGGUGCCGGCCGAGCUACUCGCUCGCGCCUCGAGGCAGACGCUGGCGCUCGCCGAGGGGGAGCCGUGCGGGUCCCGCGGCGCCGCCGUCAUCAUCGACGUCGCCGGCCGACGGCUCGCCGCCUUCAAGAUAGACCCCAACACGCUCACCACGCACGAAAUACAUCUACACCUAGAGCACGACUCGACGAACUGGACUAGCCUGUUGCCGCAAUUCUUAAAAAAUUUAACGCGAAGCGGCACCAUCAUAAUCAGCCCACAGUUCACGAUAGAAAAGAAAAAACUCUUCCGAGGCCAGGCCGAGUGAACACAGCCUGUGAUACAAGCGCGUGAUGCGAGCGAGCCGACUGACUGCCCUCCUCGAUAUCUACGUAUCGUUAUUUUAACAAAUAUCAAUAUUAUUAUAUGUAUAUUUAAUUAUUAUAUAUUUUUAAUAAGAGAAAAAAAGCACAGCGUGAUAUGUAAUGUAUAGAUAUAGAAGUAAGGGCGCGGAAGCGCAGUUUAGUUAGCGCGCGGGUCGCGGCGCGGCCGCGGCCGGUGGCCAGUGCUGGACGCGUGCUUUGUCGAUGCAAAGCGUCGCUGUGGCAGCUGGGUGCCGGCCGCGGGGCGUGGGGCGCCGCGACACGGCGCGGCGGCGCGCGGCGGCGAGCCCCGAUCUCCCGAUGUUCGGCCCACCGCUACGCCUGCCUCCCCGCGCCGCCUGUACUUAUGUUAAUCAUUGUACGAUGAUUGUUUGUGUUUUAUUAUUGGAUAUUUUAAUGAUUGCGAGUCGGUUGGACGCGUGAGUGGCGUGGCGGCGCCCGGUGCGCACCCCUUGAUCUCAGUCGCCGCCGCGCGUGUGAUACUGAUACCCUGAUCGAUUUAGUCUUAGGUAUUAUUUUUUGUUUCGAGUUCGAUUCUAUCUAAAGUUGAGUAGAUCGUAUAUUUCAUGUAUCGUAAUCGUAUUUAUUAUAGAGCGGCCUCCGAGGAGGCCGGAGAUAUGUGUACGUUUUUUGUAAUUGUACUAGUUCGUACAUUUGUUUGUGAUACUACUUUUGUAAUGUAUAAAUUUUAAAUGGAGAAAAAUAUACUUUUAUGAAUGAGAGAACACGCAAUCAGAUUAUGAAGUAGCCGUAUGUGGUGAGAGCGAAAGGAGGCAAUAUAUAUGGACGCGCGGGGCCCCGGGCCCCUUGCAAAGAUCUCAGGUUACAUUAUUAUAGUUAUAAAAAGUAUUAAGUUAUUUAAGUUAAUAUAAAGAUUGUAAUUUUUUGUAAGAUUGUUUUCUAUCGCCGCGCAAAGCUGCGUCAUUGUAGUCCAGUGGAGAGGAGAGUCGAGUACUAUCAGUACAUGUUGUAUAACUGACACUAUGUUUGUUGCAGUCAAAUGCUUUUUCUUGAUACAGUUUAAUUGUUACAAUAACUGUAAUUCAAUAGACUAACCGUUUUUAAACGAAAUCUAAAUGUUUGUAGGGUCCAGUGUUUUAAACGCACAAUAUCAUAGUACUAGAAUUCACUUUCAUCAAAAAAGAUUAUUAAAAAAAAUGCUACAAAAACAUUUUACUUCUUGAAAUCGACAUAUACAAAAACUAACAAUAAUAAUAUAUAAAUGUAUCAAUUGUUUAUGAUUGAUAUUUAUUUGAUAGGCCGUAAAAAUUGUAGAAAUUAUUGAGAAAAAAAAAUACAUAGUUUCAAUAAUGGAUGACGUUGUUUUUCUGCACCCCUGAACACCCUAACGACAGAGUGAAAACAUGGCUGCCUUUCACGGCUCAUAAAAACCGCACCACACCGCUCUUUAGAACAGAGAUAAGAUAUGACAAAGACACAAUAUUUGUUGAAAAACAAUGAAACAACGAGCCACAUUUCCAUAUAUUAGCAUGAAAUUAACCUAGCAAUAAACAAGCUAGAAGCAAGGUAAUAUCCAUAUAUAUUUACAAACUAGUUCUCGAACCGGUUUAGGCCGGCUCGCUACGUGACCGGUCCUCGGUUCGAGUCGAGAUCGCUGCAACCCCAUCUCGUCCCCGUAACUAUUAAAACGACACUAGCAAGUUUUAUCUACAUAUUCAUGCUUUUUUUUAUUCACCGUUCAGAAUAUUUUAUGGUACUGUAUAUUAAUGAACUGGACAGAAGCGAACUAAAAAUUUAAAUUCAUUUAUUAAGAGUAUUAUAUUUAAAUAAAGCUAGUUUUUUGGUUCUCUUAGAAUAUGUAAGCCGCAGCACAGGCUACCCAAAAUUUGAAUUUUCCUCAAAAUUAAAUUACAUUAAAGUCUUCGAUAUAAAGAUUUUAAGAAAGUGUUGUAACAGUUCAUGUAGUAUUAUUGAUUUUACCGAAUAUUUUGUAAUUUAUUUUAAAUUAAAUUUCAUCCCUCGAAAAUAUAAAACGUUCAGCCCGAUCGAUUCACCGAUAUCGUGAACUAUUAUUAUCAGAACUCUUUACAACACAGAUUAACUUCCAUAAAUCACGAAUAUCAUCGUAAACAAUUCCAAAUUCGGUGCCGGGGCCGGCUCUCGACGGAAAUUGAAAUCGUUUAUAGGUGCUUCUCCGUCGACUGACUAAAUUAUUACUAUGAAAGCCAGCUUAGCAUUUGGCUCCGGGAGAUUUGUGGUUAGUGAUUAAUUAAUAUCUUCUGUGCUACUGGUGUGUAGAUAAUAAAGAUUUGUACCUACGGAAAUUAUACGUGUCUCGUGUUCGUAAUAUUGAUUAAAGUGCAAUCGAGGCAUUAAUGUUGUUUACGUUUCAACAUCAUGCCUUUUGAGAUCAUUUUCAGGAAUGGAUUACACCAGCUCAAUGUAGCAUUGCUUUUCAGAUUUUUUUCAAACAAGUUUGAGCAGAUGGCUUUUUUCUACCUUCAGUUUGAGGAGAGUUUGGCUUUUUUAAUUAACGCAUUGUAAAAGAUUUGCAUGCUAUUAUCUAUACUAGAUAUGCAUGUAAAUGGAUGAAUGAACCAAAUUUUGUGGUUGCAAGCCGGUGUUCUAAUGCAAACGAAUAGAUUCUAAUUGUAAUUCUACAGUACAGCGAUUCUCUGAUCCCAAACUUAGAAAAAUCCUGCAUGUUAAAUAUUCUAGCUAUACAUCCGAGGCGUCCUGGAACGAUGCUCAUCGACAGAAAUACUAAAGUAAGUUUUAAUAGUGCGAUUUUAUUAAUGUAAACUAAGGUUAAUAUUCCAAGCAGGCGCUCCAAUUGAAGCCGUAAGUCCGCUAUGACUUAUCUCCCUUCAAUAAAUUACAAUAAGCAAUAGUGCAUCAUCAUCAUCAUCAGCCUAUU